AUGGGGACACCGGGCAGGAAAAAGCCAUGCUUGCUGCUGGUGGUGCUGGCCACGGGGGCCCUGGUCUCCUCUCCAGCACGGAGUUUUGUCCAGGGAACCCCAGCCACCUUUGGACCUGUCUUUGAAGACCAGCCUGUAGGCUUGCUAUUCCCAGAGGAGUCCACAGAGGAUCAGGUGACACUGGCGUGCCGUGCCCGAGCUAGUCCUCCAGCCACCUAUAGGUGGAAGAUGAACGGCACUGAUAUGAACCUGGAACCCGGUUCUCGUCACCAGCUGAUGGGGGGUAAUCUGGUCAUCAUGAGCCCCACCAAGGCACAGGAUGCCGGUGUCUACCAGUGCCUAGCCUCGAACCCAGUGGGCACUGUCGUCAGCAAGGAGGCUGUCCUCCGCUUCGGCUUUCUGCAGGAAUUCUCCAAGGAAGAGAGAGACCCUGUGAAAACUCAUGAGGGCUGGGGGGUGAUGCUGCCCUGUAACCCUCCUGCUCACUACCCAGGUUUGUCCUACCGCUGGUUACUCAAUGAGUUCCCCAACUUCAUCCCAACGGAUGGGCGCCACUUCGUGUCGCAGACCACAGGGAACCUAUAUAUCGCCCGGACCAAUGCCUCAGACCUGGGCAACUACUCUUGUCUGGCCACCAGCCACAUGGACUUCUCUACCAAGAGUGUCUUCAGCAAGUUCGCACAGCUCAACCUGGCUGCUGAAGAUCCCCGGCUCUUUGCUCCGAGCAUCAAAGCCAGGUUCCCCCCAGAGACCUAUGCUCUGGUUGGACAGCAGGUCACCCUGGAAUGCUUUGCCUUCGGGAACCCUGUUCCCAGGAUCAAGUGGCGCAAAGUGGACGGUUCUUUGUCCCCUCAGUGGGCCACAGCAGAGCCCACCCUGCAGAUCCCCAGCGUCAGCUUUGAAGAUGAGGGCACCUAUGAAUGUGAGGCAGAGAAUUCUAAGGGCCGUGACACCGUCCAGGGACGCAUCAUUGUGCAGGCUCAGCCUGAAUGGCUCAAGGUGAUCUCAGACACAGAAGCCGACAUUGGUUCCAACCUGCGUUGGGCCUGUGCAGCGGCAGGCAAGCCUCGGCCCAUGGUGCGCUGGCUGAGAAAUGGGGAGCCACUGGCCUCUCAGAACCGGGUGGAGGUCUUGGCUGGAGACCUGCGAUUCUCUAAGCUGAGCCUGGAGGACUCUGGCAUGUACCAGUGUGUGGCAGAAAAUAAGCAUGGUACCAUCUAUGCCAGUGCUGAGCUGGCUGUACAAGCCCUGGCCCCUGACUUCAGGCAGAACCCUGUGAGACGGCUCAUCCCCGCAGCCCGAGGCGGAGAGAUCAGCAUCCCCUGCCAGCCUCGCGCAGCCCCAAAGGCUACAAUACUCUGGAGCAAGGGCACUGAGAUUUUGGGGAACAGUACCAGAGUGACUGUAACUUCAGAUGGCACCUUGAUGAUCAGAAACAUCAGUCGAUCCGAUGAAGGCAAAUACACCUGCUUUGCUGAGAAUUUCAUGGGCAAAGCUAACAGUACUGGGAUCUUGUCUGUACGCGAUGCAACCAAGAUCACUCUAGCUCCUUCAAGUGCUGACAUCAAUGUGGGCGAUAACCUGACCCUACAGUGCCAUGCCUCCCACGAUCCCACUAUGGAUCUCACAUUCACCUGGACCCUGGAUGACUUUCCCAUUGACUUCGAUAAGCCUGGAAGCCACUACCGGAGGGCCAGUGUGAAGGAAACUAUUGGGGACCUGACCAUCCUGAAUGCCCAGCUACGCCAUGGAGGGAAAUACAUGUGCAUGGCCCAGACGGUGGUGGAUGGUGCAUCCAAGGAGGCCACAGUCCUGGUCCGAGGUCCCCCAGGUCCCCCGGGAGGUGUGGUGGUGAGAGACAUUGGAGACACCACUGUCCAGGUUAGCUGGAGCCGUGGCUUUGACAAUCACAGCCCCAUUGCCAAGUACACGCUGCAGGCUCGCACUCCACCUGCUGGGAAGUGGAAGCAGGUUCGGACCAAUCCUGCGAACAUCGAGGGUAAUGCCGAGACGGCCCAGGUGCUGGGCCUCAUGCCUUGGAUGGACUAUGAGUUUCGGGUUUCAGCCAGCAACAUCUUGGGCACUGGGGAGCCCAGCGGGCCAUCCAGCCGAAUCCGGACCAAGGAGGCAGUCCCCUCAGUGGCACCAUCAGGACUCAGUGGAGGGGGCGGAGCUCCUGGAGAGCUCACCGUCAACUGGACACCCGUGUCACGGGAGUACCAGAAUGGAGAUGGCUUCGGCUACCUGCUGUCCUUCCGCAGGCAAGGCAGCUCCAGUUGGCAGACCGCCAGGGUGCCCGGUGCUGAUGCCCAAUACUUCGUCUACAGCAACGACAGCAUCCAUCCCUACACACCCUUCGAGGUCAAGAUUCGAAGCUACAAUGGCCGGGGGGAUGGGCCCGAGAGCCUCACUGCGCUUGUGUACUCAGCAGAGGAAGAGCCCAGGGUGGCCCCUGCCAAGGUCUGGGCCAAGGGGUCCUCAUCUUCAGAGCUGAGUGUGAGCUGGGAGCCUGUGCAGCAAGACAUGAAUGGCAUUCUCCUGGGAUAUGAGAUUCGCUACUGGAAGGCGGGAGACAACGAAGCGGCCGCAGACCGAGUGAGGACCGCAGGGCUCGACAGCAGUGCCCGAGUCACCGGCUUGUACCCCAACACAAAGUACUACGUAACUGUGAGGGCCUACAACCGGGCGGGCACUGGACCAGCCAGCCCGUCGGCCGAUGCCAUGACCAUGAAGCCCCCACCACGGAGGCCCCCUGGCAACAUCUCCUGGACUUUCUCAAGCUCCAGCCUUAGCCUUAAGUGGGACCCCGUGGUACCUCUCCGAAAUGAAUCCACAGUCACCGGCUACAAGAUGCUGUAUCAGAAUGACUUACACCCAACUCCUACACUCCACCUCACCAGCAAGAACUGGAUAGAGAUCCCAGUGCCUGAAGACAUUGGCCACGCCCUGGUACAGAUUCGAACCACGGGGCCCGGAGGGGAUGGGAUCCCAGCCGAGGUCCACAUCGUGAGAAACGGAGGUACUGCCCCUCCCCUCUCUACCCCUCAGCUGCACAAGCAUGAUGGUGGAGAACGCAGCUGCCCGCCCCACCCACCCUGGCCCCAUGCUCUCCUGCGUGAUGGUACUGAUGCUGCUCGUUGGCUACCAGCUCUGAUCUUACCACUGCCCGCCACACCCAAGCUGGACACCCACCCCAAUGGACACAGCCGCUGGCCACAGCCCCCCUCCAACGCCAGCCACAGUGGCCCAGCACUGAGCUGGGCUGUGCACCUAUGCCUGCCUCCGCCUCCCAUAAUUCAGGCCCUGGAAACCGACCCUCAACACAGCAUCCGUUCUUUGUCCUGGGAUGAAAAGGCCUCUGAGAAGGGCCAGCGUCAGUGUGGCCCUGCCUGCUUUCGGGAGUACCCUCCAACACCUGCUCACAUCUGCUCCCCAAACUGCCUCGACUACUCUGAUUCCCCAGAAGGAAACGGGGCUAAUAAAGGGGGCAGCCUUCCUUGA